AGAGUUUUUUUAUUCCCUGAAGCUGUCAGACGUGAUUUGAGAGUCGAGAUGAAAUACUUGAGUUUUCUUAUUGUUUUCGUAGUGCGCUUGUUAAUCGUAUUAGGCCAAGUAAAGUCGUUUGGUGGCAAUGAGUGGCCAACAUUCACGGGUGUCUGCGAGCUGCAAGGUGAUUGGUGCACCACCCAGUGCCAAAUAGCAGGCGGAAGUGGUGGCAGGUGUAACAAGGUUAGGCUCUGCGUCUGCAGUCCACUCUAAGCAUGUUAUGUCAAAAUGACAACAAUAAAAUAUUAAAAAAAAAAUAUAUAUAUAUAUAUUUACAGUUACGCGCUGUGGCAAUGGCAGGGGGAUUCCUAGAUAACAUGAAUAUAAGUAUGUCAAAUGGAGUACAAAGUGAGUGUAAUGGAGUGUUAAACACAUGGGAGGAGAUUACUUUACCUGGAGCGCUCAAACAGCGAUGGAUCGGUGUAGAUAGGCUCACUGGGAUCCUCGAACUGAUGAUUAGUAUUACUGCCAGAGCGAAUGGGAUUUAUAACCGGCAGCUGACACAUGCGCGCCAGGUUGCUGCAAGUGGGGAGAGAAAGAGAAGAAGAUUAGUAAACCAGUUCGAAUGGACUACAAGUAGUUAAGCUUACCCCGUGGCAAAAGUCUUAUGUAAUGAGCCACCAAACAUGGACAUGUUAGUGCGAAAUGCGUUCGAGCCGCGAUUAGAUGUGCUUUGAUUAUGUCCACUGCCUCCACCUGCUCCACCUGUUGUAUUCGGCAUGUGUCCAAUUUCGGUAAAACGCUCGUGAGUGCGUAUCGAGGAGUGUGAGUGUCCCAGCGAAUGAAUGGGCGAAUUGCGGUCCACCAAACGGUUCUUCGACAUAGAUUUCCAGUAGCGUCUACCGAAAAAAGAAUUUACUGAUGAAUCAUGCCACUCCUAGCAAACUGUCGACCCCGCCCACUCACCUGUAGCCCAGACCAGCCACCAGCGUUAUGCUAAACAGCAAUAUCAUCAGCAGUAUAAUGGCUGUAAUCAAGCCAUGAUACUCCGCGGGCGUCAUGCAGACUGUUUCUACUGGAGCCACCAGUUUGCGUGGAUACGAUUCCUUUUCAAUUUCCUCGCGCGUCUCAAAGACCUGCGGGAAUCGUUAAGUUGUAUAUUAUAGUGCUUAACACUGUUUAGUCGAUUCUCACGCACCUCAAUCAUUUCCCGUACUUGCUCCGGUUCUUCGGUCUCCUUGGAUUUUUCGGCAUCCUGUGUGGCAUUGAAUUGACCUGCUCCUGGUGUUGCGCUCACUGUGGUACUAUUGACCACAAUUACCUCCUCCUCUACCGGUUGGUUUGUGUCCAGUUGAUUCACGCCCUCAAGUGCUUGCGGUUCUGGUAACUCUGUUAUAUUCAAAGAUCGACGUUUGCGUCCAAACGAGGGUUCUUGGCGUCCAGCGGGACCAGGACAAUACGCUGGCUGGCAGCCUUCUCUGCAAGAGCGUACAGUAGCCUCAAAAACUAAGAAAUUGGAUUCAGGUAUCUUGAAGGCAUUGAAGCGUGCCUCGAGUGUGUCGCCAUCGCGCAAUUUGUCCAGCUCCGGGAAGACAUAAGGAUCGACAGGGCAACCGAAACGAUCUAUUAACUGUAUGCUGCGACCAGAGUAGGGAUCCCUAGCCACCACAUUGGUGGCGAAUAUAUCUGUGACAUGAUUAUAACCAUCCUGCGCCUCAAGUCGGAAGGUCAACGGAUCACCCACAGCAAUGGUUGUGGUGGGUCUGCCCUGGUAGAGAAUACUCAGUCGCACCUUAGAGCUGAGCGUAUUCUCGGCCGGCAAAUACUCGAUGGGAAUGGGACUGCCCGAGCUGAAAUUCGAUAAGCGAAACAUGUUUUGUAUUAAGAUCUACGUGUCAUCAGUCUCAUGUGUCAUUUGAAACCAACCCCGCGCCGAUGUAGCCAGAGCUGACAACUGCCUCGCCGGGUCCACGAAAGAUACAUGUGAGAUUGUAUCGCUUAUCGCGACUUGUUUGUA